AGGCAAAGCCGUGCCCUUUUAAGCUGUCCCAGCCUCAGAGGUCCGGAACUUUCGUUAGACGUUUCAUUGUUUCUCAGGGAGGAUUUUAGCCUCCGAGCGUGCCCCGCACAAGCAUGGUUGUUACGCACCGGAAGUAGCUUGUUAUUUUGCGGGAGUCAGUUCUUCCGCGGGGCGGAAAAGGCAAUUAAGCAUGUGUUCCUAUCUUUUCCAGUCCCCUUUCCUUGCAGGACCCUAUGAGCAAGCUGUGGCGGCGCGGGAGCACAUCUGGGGCUAUGGAAGCCCCUGAACCGGGGGAAGCACUGGAAUUGAGUCUGGCGGGUGCCCACGGCCAUGGAGUGCACAAGAAAAAGCACAAGAAGCACAAGAAAAAACACAAGAAGAAACACCAUCAGGAAGAGGAGGCUGGGCCGACGCAGCCGUCACCUGCCAAGCCCCAGCUUAAACUCAAAAUCAAGCUGGGUGGGCAGGUCCUGGGCACCAAGAGUGUUCCUACUUUCACUGUGAUACCUGAAGGUCCUCGAUCACCCUCUCCCCUUAUGGUUGUGGACAAUGAAGAGGAACCUAUGGAAGGAGUCCCCCUUGAGCAGUACCGUGCCUGGCUGGCUUUCCAACUUUGCUUUCCAGAUGAAGACAGUAAUCUAUCCCCCUCCCCACUUCGGGACCUGUCGGGGGGCUUAGGGGGUCAAGAGGAAGAGGAGGAACAGAGGUGGCUGGAUGCCCUGGAAAAGGGAGAGCUGGAUGACAAUGGAGAUCUCAAGAAGGAGAUCAACGAAAGGCUGCUCACUGCUCGACAGCGAGCUCUGCUCCAGAAGGCGCGGAGUCAGCCUUCUCCGAUGCUGCCACUGCCCGUGGCUGGGGGCUGCCCUGCCCCGGCACUCACCGAGGAGAUGCUGCUGAAGCGCGAGGAGAGGGCGAGGAAGAGACGGCUGCAGGCGGCUCGGCGGGCGGAGGAGCACAAGAACCAGACUAUUGAGCGCCUCACUAAGACUGCGGCGCCCAGCGGACGGGGAGGCCGAGGGGCAGCGAGGGGCGAGCGGCGGGGCGGGCGGGCCGUGGCCCCAGCCCCCAUGGUGCGCUACAGCAGCGGGGCACAGGGUUCCACCCUUUCCUUCCCACCCGGCGUUCCCGCCCCCGCGCCAGUGUCUCAGCGGCCAUCCCCAUCUGGCCCUCCUCCUCGAUGCUCUGUCCCGGGCUGCCCUCACCCGCGCCGCUACGCCUGCUCCCGCACGGGCCAGGCGCUCUGCAGCCUUCAGUGCUACCGUAUCAACCUGCAGAUGCGGCUUGGAGGGCCCGAGGGCCCCGGAUCUCCCCUUUUGGCUACUUAAGGUCCUUACUUAACCCGGACUCUGCGCCCUCUCCUCUGCCCCCAUUUUCAUUAUUUUCCCCACCCUAUUAAAUUUCAUCCGGUGCCUCAA